GUUUGCCGGGUUGUGGUGUGCACAUUCGUUCUUUCUACUUGGAAACUCUGCGGUAUCAGACAUUCCGGAGUUUGUCACUUAUUGUAUCGUUUUACCCGUCAUCUAUCCUCCCUUCUGACUUUCUUUUGCUGUCUUCCUACGAGUCUUGUUAUUUCUCAUCGAAAAUAGAAAAGCGCCCACGUGCCGCUUAGUAGCUUCAUAAGUUUUCGAGGCCUGGAAUUGAAAGUAAUUAUGAACUAUCACAAGCCGGAGGCUAAAUCGAUCGCUAAGCUCGAGGACCUUGCCAAUAUUCUAAGAAUCCACUCGAUCAAGGCCACUCAAGCCAGCAAAUCUGGACAUCCAACAUCAUGUGCAUCCAUUGCAGAAAUAAUGUCGGUCUUGUUCUUCCAUACGAUGCGGUACAAAAUAAAGGAUCCUCGCGAUCCAAACAGUGAUAGAUUUAUUCUAAGCAAAGGUCAUGCGGCUCCAAUUCUGUAUGCAGCUUGGGCUGAAGCCGGUCUCUUUUCUACUGAGGAUCUUUUGAAUCUUCGUAAAUUUGACAGCGAUUUAGAGGGUCAUCCUACACCUAGACUAAACUUCAUCGACGUUGCCACGGGCUCACUCGGUCAGGGUUUAUCCGUUGCAGCGGGUAUGGCGUAUGUUGGCAAGUACUACGACAAGGCGAGUUAUAGAACGUACUGUUUGAUCGGCGAUGGUGAAUCGAUGGAAGGAUCGAUUUGGGAAGCCUUACAUUUUUCAUCAAAUUACAAUCUCGACAAUUUAUGUGUAAUCAUUGAUGUUAAUCGCUUAGGCCAGAGUGAACCCACAUCUUUACAGCAUAAUAUGGAAGUAUACCGUAAACGUCUUGAGGCUUUUGGAUUUAACGCUCUCGUAGUCGAUGGUCACGAUGUCGAAGAAUUGGUCAAAGCUUUCCACGAAGCUGAAAAUACUAAAGAUCGUCCAACUGCUAUUAUAGCUAAAACCUUUAAGGGUAAGAACUUUGCUAACAUUGAAGAUAAAGAUAAUUGGCAUGGGAAACCUAUUGGUGGCACAAGUGAAAACGUUAUCGAACAAUUAAAAUCGUUACUAAAAAAUGGUACAACAUUUGAACGUACGAUUCAAAAACCGAUCGAAGAUGCUCCUAACGUGAAUAUUAAAAACAUAAAAUUGGAUACACCACCGUCGUAUAAGCUUGGAGAAGAAGUGGCGACUAGACUUGCUUACGGAACUGCUCUUGCCAAAGUGGCAAAAAAUAAUUCACGUGUCAUUGCUUUUGAUGGUGAUACAAAAAAUUCUACAUUCGCGGAAAAGAUUAAGGCUAUUGAUCCUAAAAGAUUCAUCGAGGGUUAUAUUGCAGAACAGAAUCUGGUUGGUGUUGCAAUCGGAGCUGUCUGUAGAGAUCGUACUGUUGCUUUCGUUUCUGCUUUUGCUGCAUUCUUCACUCGCAGUUUCGAUCAAAUUCGUAUGGGAGCUAUUUCACAGACAAACGUAAACUUUGUUGGCUCACAUUGUGGUGUAUCUAUUGGAGAGGAUGGACCUUCUCAAAUGGCUCUUGAAGAUUUAGCAAUGUUUCGUUCGAUCCCUGGAUCAACAGUAUUCUACCCUUCAGACGCUGUAGCCACUGAAAGGGCUGUUGAAUUGUCAGCCAAUACUAAAGGAAUUUGUUUCAUUCGUACGUCGAGGCCUAACACCCCUGUAAUAUACAAUAAUGACGAGGUAUUUAACGUUGGUAAAGCCAAGAUUGUUAGAUCGUCGAACGAUGAUCAAGCUCUGCUUAUUAGCGCUGGCGUUACCUUGCACGAGGCUAUUAAAGCAGCUGAUAUUCUUGCCAAAUUUGGAAUUAAUGUCCGAGUAAUGGAUCCUUUCACUAUCAAACCUAUUGAUCAGCAAGCCAUCAUUGAGAAUUCAAUACAAACCAAAGGUAGGAUUGUGACCAUUGAAGAUCAUUAUCCAGAAGGUGGCCUAGGUGAGGCUGUUCUUUCGGCUAUAUCAGAGCAUCCGAAACUUAUUUUGAAAAAGCUGGCUGUUAAAGAAGUACCGAGAUCGGGAAAACCUGAUGAAUUGUUGAAUUACUUUGGCUUAAAUGGCUCCAGCAUUGCCAAACAAACUGAAGAUUUUAUCAAGAAUUAAAAGUAUAUUACAAAUUGCCAAAAUGUACAAAAGACAGAUCUAAAUGACUGCUAUAUUUUUAUUAAGGAGUUAGAUAAAUUUUUAUUUAAUUUUUCUGGAUUGUGGAUCAAUCUAUAGGUUGAGAAUCAGUGUAAAAGGGAAAAUUUUCAUAAGAAUAUAUAUUUCUUUUUUCUUUUUUCAGCCUUUGCUUAUAUUUUUGUCAAAGCAUUUUGCUUACUUUCAUAAGACAUUUAACAGUGUCUAUAAAAAAUAUGAGGAUGCAAAAAUAUUACUAUGCUAAAUGAAAGUUGAUAUUUUUUAAGUGAUUUCAAUGCAUUUUAAAUGUAAAUCAAUUAUAUACAAAUAUAUUAGUUGUAUUCUAAUGAAAGAAAGUUUGCUAUUGAUAAACUACAUGUGAUGAACAAAGAGAAAAUAUAAGUUUUUAUAGAUUUA